AAAACUAAUUUUUAAAUCUACAUCCUGUAUUCCUUACCCUUGGAUUCCGUCAAAAAUCUUUCUAAAGAAACAAACAAAAGAAAACAACCCCCCCAUUGUGAAAUCCUUGAUCACUUCCGAGUUCUAUCGCCUUAAUGGGUUCUGGGUUUUCGGUCUACAACAUGAAGCAACCACAGUUGCCGGAGCUGAGUCUCGGCGAUUUGCCGGAGGCUUGCUUGGCCUCUGUGAUGGAGUACUUGGAUCCGCCGGAGAUUUGUAAGCUAGCGAUGCUGAAUCGAGCCUUUCAUGGAGCUUCAUCGGCCGAUUUUGUGUGGGAGUCGAAAUUGCCUCCGAAUUAUGACUCUGUUAUUGAGAAAGUGUUUGAUGAUUUUCCAUCAAAGCUGUGUAAGAAAGAUAUAUACGCCAGGCUCUGUCUACAAAAUUCCUUCGAUGGAGGCACAAAGAAAGUAUGGCUGGAUAAGAAUACAGGAAAGCUUUGUUUGUCAAUAUCUUCAAACGGGUUGGCAAUUACUGGAAUUGAUGAUCGGAGAUACUGGAACCGUAUUCCGACCGAUGAAUCUAGAUUUGGCAUGGUGGCAUAUCUCCAGCAAACCUGGUGGUUUGAAGUUGAUGGAGAGGUUGAGUUUCCAUUCCCAGCUGGAACCUACAGCAUAUUCUUCAGGCUGCAAUUAGGCCGGGCUUCAAAGAGUUUUGGUCGUCGGGUCUAUAAUGCCGAGCACAUCCACGGUUGGGACAUAAAGCCGGUGCGAUUCCAGCUAUCAACUUCUGAUGGUCAAGAAGCCAUAUCUCAAUGCUUCUUGGGCGAACCAGGAAAAUGGAUUCACUACCACGUUGGAGAUUUUGUAGUCGAGGAUCCCUGCCUUGCACCGACAAAACUCAAGUUUUCAAUGACUCAGAUCGAUUGUACUCACACGAAAGGUGGUGUGUGUUUAGACUCUGUAGUAAUAUACCCAAGUGAGUUUAAGGAGAGGUUAAAGUGUUUUUGAAUUGCUAUUAACCUUUCUGGUUGGAGAGAGAGAGAGAGAGUUGUAUUUUGUGUAGUAAUUUAGAUGGAGGGAGGUAGGAGAGAUUAGAGAGAUCUGAAUCAUGAACUAGUUGGUAUGAUAGGGCUUAGAAUGAUUUGUAUUUAAGCUAGGAAAUGUGGAUAUAUAUAUAUAUGUGUACUUUGUUGGUUGAUUAGGUAUGUUAAAUUUGUUAAUGAUUCUCACUCUA